CCGGACGCAGUGUGAAACCGUCAUAAGAAUGGCGGCUUUCAGUGGAUUUAUUUUAUGCAACAAGUAAAAUAUUACAGUUACAUGCAGUUACAGAAGAGACUGUAAAAACGGACAAUAGUUGCAAGACUUUGCAUAAAUGGGCGACCCUCUUCGACGGGAGGUCCUGCGAAUCUUCAAGCAACUGCACAGAACAAGAUUAAAGACGUUCCAAGGCGAUGAAUAUGCGUUGCAAGCUGUGAGGAAUAGGAUAAACGAGGAAUACAGAAAGUAUAAAAAUGUCACAAACCAAGCGGCGAUUGAAGAGUUGAAUAAAUUUGCGCAGGAAGUCGAGCAUGAAGUGCGAACGACUGUCAUACAAGCGGUUGAAACGGCACCUGGGAGAGUAGCGCUGCGACUUACUCCAGAUGUCUUGGUAGAUAAUGUGCCAUAUAAGGAUCAGAAGGAUAGUAAACCGAGCAAAGAAAGCAAAGACUAAGCUCUACGGCACUAAAGAAUGAAUAAAAGUCGAUUAAAGUCAAUUGAAAAUAGUUUACAGUCAGAUUGGAAACGUCUGAUUAUUUAAACCUGAAAUUGCAAUAUUUGUAAAUAAUGUAUUAUAUAGGAUAUGCUGUAGCUGUAUCAUAAAUGUAUGACUAAAAAAUACAUGUGUUUAGUAGCUUUGGUAGGAAGCCGCUA